UUACAGACCUGGCAACCCCUUUCCAGUCGUUGUUGUCUUAUGGAAGAUGUCACUCGCUAGAGCACUGACGAUAAGCGCACUCAAAACAAGAGCGUGGAAAGUUAUCAAUGUGUCUUCAGCAGGAUUGAGACCUGUGCCGGCAUGUGAUGAGUCCCCUUUUGUGUCCACACUGUGUUAUAGGAGCAGCAGCUCAUCACAGGGACAGCAGCAGGUCUCCUCCAGUCCCACUGACCAUACAGUACAACUUAGUGAUGCGUGUGUCAAGAGGCUGAGAGAAAUCAUGCAGAAGGGAGAAUAUCUGAGGAUACAGGUGGAGGGUGGAGGCUGCUCUGGGUUCCAGUACAAGUUUUCUGUGGACACUGCCAAAAAUGAAGAUGACAGGGUUUUUGAGCAGAGCGGCGUGGGCGUGAUAGUAGACGAGGAGAGUCUGGAGUUUGUGAAAGGAGCAACGCUUGACUUUAGUCAGGAGCUCAUCCGCUCCUCCUUCCAGGUGCUCAGGAACCCGCAGGCAGAACACGGCUGCUCUUGUGGCAGCUCUUUCUCUGUCAAAGUCUGAAACUUGCUUCUGCAUGAUAAACAUUUAACAGCGGCUUUCAGUCCCAGUUCCCCAUUUUUGUGUAUAAACAUCCUGCGAUAGAGGAAGUUCAAUCACGUGUUACAGAACAGAGUACACAUGCAGUCAGGAUUGAGAACCAGUGAUAACCUCUCAUUGUAUUGUGAAAUCGAGCCACACCUCAAUGAUUUUGUGUUCCACACACACACACCUGAAUAGAAACGAAACCGUGUGAAAUAUUGUGUUAUUUUAUGAUUUGAAGCUGUACUCGUGAAACAUGCCUGGAGUCUACACUAGUGGAGAUCACUACAAUAUCACAAUGUCUUUUCCUGCAAAUUGUACGUACAGAUUGUAAAUAGGAAAUAAUAAUAAAAUAAAUAUAUUAAGUGC